AUGCACAACAAAGCCAACCGCAACAACAACAACAACAACAACAACAACAACAACAACAACAGUAAAACAGAGAAACAAGUCAUGCUGGAAAACCUCUGCACCCUGCCGCUCUCGGCGGACCUGUUCACACAGGUGGUGCACCCCUCCAAGCCUCUGCUUACAGUCGGCCUAUCCAACGGCCGCGUCGAGACCUUCCGCAUCCCAACCAACGAGGACAGCGACGACGAGGACGAGAACAGCAGCAUAACCGGCGGCAAGGGUGUCAUCAAGAGUGUCUGGAGCACCCACCGCCACAAGGGCAGCUGUCGCACUCUGACUUAUAGCACCGAUGGGGAGUCCCUCUACUCGGCCGGUACCGACUCCAUCGUCAAGCACUUCUCUCCCGAGACCGGCGUCGUCAUCUCCAAGAUCGGCCUGCCCCCCGUCAACAGUACCAGCAGUCAGAGCGAUACCCCCGCCAUCCUCCACACCCUCUCGCCCCAGACCCUGCUGCUCGGCACCGACUCUGGCUCUCUCUACAUCUUCGACCUCCGCGAGAAUGGCUCUCUGAACCCCAAGCCCGUCCGCAAGCAUGUCCCCCAUUCCGACUACAUCUCCAGUCUGACCCCUCUUCCCCCUUCGUCUGAGAGCACCUCUGGUUUCCCCAAGCAGUGGGUUUCUACCGGCGGCGCCACCCUGGCCGUCACCGACCUGAGACAUGGCAUCAUGGCCACCUCGGAGGACCAGGAGGACGAGCUGCUGUGCUCGACAGUCAUCCCUACCGGCUUGGGUCCCAAGCACAUGCGCAACAACGCCGUUCUAGCUGUCGGCACUGGCGGGGGUGUCUUAACCCUAUGGGAUCGUGGCGCCUGGGAUGACCAGCAGGAACGCAUCUAUGUGGCUCCCGGAGAGACCAAAAAAGACGGAGAAAGCCUCGACGCUAUUGUCCGUGUUCCCGAUGAGCUCGGCUGGGGCAAGAAGGCCGUGGUUGGCGUCGGCGAUGGCACCAUCAAGAUUGUCGAUCUGAAGCGCAGAGAGGUCCAGACUACAUUCCAGCACGACGAGGUCGAGGGCGUUGCUGCUUUAAACUUCGACUACGAGAACAGGCUGAUCAGUGGUGGCGGCAGGACCGUCAAGGUCUGGGCCGAGGCGGGUUCCGCCCAAGAAGACGAGGAAGAGGAGGAGGUGGUGGAAGCCGACCAAGGUGUCAAGCGACCGGCCGGCAGCGACGACUCGGACGACGAUGACGGGAGCGAUAGCGACAGCGACCGCCCCAAGAGGGAAAGAAAAAAGAAGCGGAGAAAGGGCAACAAGAAGGGUAAACACGGUGGUCCUUCCGUUUCGUUCCCAGGUUUGGAUUAACCAGCUUACAAACAGCGCUUUGUUUGGCAAUACCCAUCUCUUACC